CCGGCCCGCUCCGCUCCGCCGUGUCAAGAAGUUUUUUCCGAGUCCACCGCGCCGUGUUUGGAGCGUCCGGAGCGCCGCUUUCCUCUCUAAACAACAACACACACAUACAGAGGAAAAAAAAAAAAAAAAAAAAGAGAACCGGGGCCCGGGGCUGACGGUGGCGGCGGCGGCACACGGAGGAGCGCGAGGCGGACCCGGACGCAGCCAUGGACGGUGUGUACGGAUGGAACGUGCCCACACUCAACCCAGUCCAGGCAGCCAACCCCUUCAUCGAGAUCAUCGAGCAGCCCAAGCAGCGGGGGAUGAGGUUCAGGUACAAGUGUGAGGGGCGCUCGGCCGGCAGCAUCCCCGGAGAGAAGAGCAACGACACCACCAAGACCCACCCGGCCAUCAAAGUGCACAACUACAGCGGGCCGCUGCGCGUGCGCAUCUCCCUGGUGACCAAGAACGCGCCGUACAAGCCCCACCCCCACGAGCUGGUGGGGAAGGACUGCAAGCACGGUUACUACGAGGCCGACCUGCAGGAGAGGCGCAUCCACAGCUUUCAGAACCUGGGAAUCCAGUGCGUGAAGAAGAAGGACGUGAACGAGGCCAUCACCUGCAGACUGCAGACCAACAACAACCCCUUCAACAUUCCCGAGCCGAAGGUGUGGGAGGAGGAGUUUGACCUGAACUCGGUUCGGCUGUGCUUCCAGGCCUCCAUCACCCUGGCCACGGGGGAGCUCUUCUCCCUGGAGCCCGUGGUCUCCAAGCCCAUCUUUGACAACCGAGCUCCCAACACAGCUGAGCUGAAGAUCUGCAGAGUCAACCGCAACUCUGGAAGCUGCAAAGGAGGCGACGAGAUCUUCCUGCUGUGCGACAAAGUGCAGAAAGAGGACAUCGAGGUGCGCUUCUUCCAGGACUCAUGGGAGGGCAAGGGCACCUUCUCCCAGGCGGACGUCCACAGGCAGGUGGCCAUCGUGUUCCGCACGCCGCCGUACCGCGACACCAACCUGACCGAGCCGGUCAGGGUGAAGAUGCAGCUGCGCCGGCCCUCCGACCGGGAGGUCAGCGAGCCCAUGGACUUCCAGUACCUGCCGGCGGACCCGGAUGAGUACAGGCUGACUGAGAAGAGAAAACGCACGGGAGAGAUGUUCCAGGGCCUGAAGCUGGGGCCCAUGCUCUCCACCGUGUCUAUUCCACAAGACCGGCGGCACAUAAACCAGGCGCGGCGGACCGUCACGGCCAAGCCCCCGCCCAUGAUGGCACAAGCCGCGCCUGUGGCGCCCCCUGGUGUCAGCGGAGCCAAACCUCAACUGGCCUUCUCCUACGGCCAGCCGGGCCAGCUCUUCUCCGUCCAGCCCAAGGCGGAGUCCUCCCCCUCCCUCUCCGCAGUGACCACCAGCCAGACGGUGAAGAGCAUGGAGGGCCUGAACCUGGGCCCCCAGUCCAAAGCCACUCCGGUCAACGUCUUCACUCUGAGUGGACCGGCGGCCCCCGCCCCCUCCUCCUCCUCCGCCGCCGCCCCCACGUCCUCGGCUCACCAGGACUACUCAACUGUCAACCUGUCUGACCUUCACGAGUUCUUCCCCUCCAUCGCCCCGGAGGCGCCGCCCCCUCAGGGCGCCGCCGGCCCCCCGCAGGGCUCCGCCGGGCCCUUCGGCUUCAGGGUGGACGGGGACGAGGACAUCCCGGAGUUCCCCAGCUUCUCCGAGGCUCAGGGCCACGGCACGCUGGACAGCUUGAACAUGGACGACUUCGAGGACCUGCUGAGCCACCGCCUCCUGAACGAUCCCCCGGGCCCCUGCCAUCCCUCCGCCGCCUCUACCGCCUCCACCGCCGCCGCCGCGCAGAACAGCUCGGCCUCCGACAACCCGGGAAGCCCCUAUAUGAACUACCCCAACAGCAUCGUGCACCUGCUGCAGAACCAGAACAUCAUGGACAUGGCGCCCAGCAGCGGCGGCGGCGGCGGCCACCGGCCCCCCGUGCUGGACGACUUCGACGAGCUGAUGUCGGCCGACGAAGACCGCCUCAUCUCCAUCUUCACCAGCGGAAGCCACGCCGGAUUCGUGUCGGGACACCAGACUUAGAUCUGCGUGCCGUUUCAUUUCUCGCCCCCUCUAAAUACCACACUUUUUUUUUUUUUUUUUUUUUCCAAAACCUGCCCCUUCAGGACUCCUGUUGUUGCUUUUCCAAACAAAACGAGGACGAGCCGGAGGAGAGAGAACGUAGCAGAAAGACUCGUGGCGGUAGUCUCCUAGUUGGUUUUGCACAGCUUUAUAUACGUGUCCAACAUGAUAGACAUCGUCCCACUCAAAUCAAAACUAUUGAUCAGUGUCAAUAUGAGAUUUUUUUUUUUUUUUAAAGACUUCAGAUACUUUAAUCUCUCAUCGAAGCUGUUUUUCAUUUAACAUGUGCAGCUUGUUUUUUUUUAUAUACUGUCAUUUGAACAGUUUUAUGUAGCUGUGGUCACGGAAAUGCUCAAGUUUAUUCUGCCUUUUUGUUAUUUUAAAGGUACACUAUGUAAGGUUGUAGUAACAUGCAUUACUUAUUCUGUUCUUUACUCAAAAAGUUCCACUUUUAUUGCUUUUUUUUUUCCUUCUUCCUCGGUUUAUAAACCGAGAUACCAAAGUGACUGAUCACACACUCUUAUUGCCCGAGUGUGUAGCUUCUCAUCAGACAUGAGAAAAUGCUCAACAGGAAGUAGUCAAUUAUUGUUAUUUUAUAACGUUAUGGUUCUGUAAUUUCACCUGAAUUUCUGUGAACUGAACACUUGUAAACCUUUCAGGUGAUUUUAUAAAGGAAAAUAACUUUAAUCAGAACUACACCGAUGCCAGAGGAGAAAUCCUACAUUUUUUUAUCUUGUACUCUGCUUCAAAACUAUUACAGUACGUCAAAUUCAAACGCCGAAAUUUCUUUCUGAACGAGUCGUGAAAUUUAAAGCCAUCUCUACUUCAGCACUUACAGUCACUAAUAAAUCCAGUUUGCGGUCACAGCGCAACAAUCUCAUCUGAGACUCGGCGUCUCCAGAAUACGCAGCAGUGAGUUUCUGUUUUGGUCACAGAAGAGACUCACUGUUCCACCUAAUGUCUAGAAGCGGUAUUGCGAGAGUUUGUAUGCUACUUUUGGGUUGUUUUGUAGAAAGAUUACAUACUGUACCUUUAAAUGUGUGAUUUUUUUUUUGGGGGGGGGGUGGAUUCCCUCUCUUGAUAUUUUCUGGAAGUUGGCAAGUUGUUCAAAUGAAGGUUUAAAUGUAAAUAAGCAUCAGUAACUGCAGCUUAUGUCAUUUCAAUACUGGCGACAACCGGUUCUCACUGUAGAAAAAGAUACUUUAGCAGGGGUUUGUUCAUCGUCAGGGAAACCACAAUUUAAAGUCCCAAAUCAAGACGAGAAAUCAAUCUUAGUUACAUCUGAUUAGGUAGGUUCAAGGUGUGAAAAUGAAUAUAAUUCUGAUUUUCCAAUUAUCAAGAAAUUGAAUAAUUCCGACACUGCAAAUCAAAAUACGCAAUUUGUUAGUUGAAGGGCAUUUAAUCUCUACACUCAAAGACAAGGCAAGGCUCAGCAACAUGCAGCCCUGACGCCACAAAACAUGCCAUCAACCGUGCAUUUUCAUCAGUUUAAAAAAAAAAAAAAACAUGGCUGUCUACCUAAGUAUCCAUAUCUUUUCACAGUCAUCUCGAUGUAAUUGUGCCUUUUUUCGUUGCAUUGAAUGACCAUGAUCAUCUGAAACAAUAAAAUAAAACACCACAUGGAACA